UUUCUUCCCCGGGGUUUAUGAAUGGCACUGACAUGGAGGAAAUACCGUUUCAGAAAGUCAAGACCAAGAGGAAGAAGUGCUGCCACUGCUGCUGCUCCCCGCCGGCUGCCGCGGCGGCGGGAGCGGGAGCCGGGCUGGGGGACCCCCCUCCCUUGCUGCUGCUGGAUGCCAUCGCCUGCGAGGACGAGUUCGACUGCAAGGAGCUGGAGGCUCUCUUCCAGAGCUACAACCUGAAGCUGGAGCAGACGUCCACCCUCAAGGCGCUGGCCGUCCUCAUCGUGCUCACCGCCAGCCUGGCCCUGGUGGAGCUGCUCUCCGGCCCCAGCCUGACCAUCUCCAAAGGCUCGCACCCGGUGCACUGCAUCAUCUUCCUCUCCCUCUUCAUCGUCACCAAUGUCAAGUACCUGCAGGUCACCCAGCUGCAGCAGAUCGUCAAGCUCACCCUGCUCUUCAGCUUCACCUUCUCCUUCCUCUGCUGCCCCUUCUCGCUCGGCGCCUACGGCAUGGAGCCCCCCAGCGCCCCCGAGCAGGGCAUGUGGCAGCUCAUGCUGGUCACCUUCGUCUCCUACUCGCUGCUGCCCGUCCGGACCCUGCUGGCCAUCGUCUUCGGGCUGGUGGUGUCCGUCUCCCACCUCAUCGUCACCGCCACCUCCGUCAGUGCCAAGCGGCAGCGGCUCUGGAGGACGCUUGUGGCCAAUGCAAUCCUUUUUGUCAGUGUAAAUUUGUAUGGGGUCUUUGUGAGGAUUUUGACUGAAAGGGCUCAGAGGAAGGCAUUCCUUCAGGCCAGGAACUGCAUUGAGGACAGGCUGAGGCUGGAGGAUGAAAAUGAAAAACAGGAACGUCUCUUGAUGAGUCUUUUGCCCAGGAAUGUUGCAAUGGAAAUGAAGGAAGAUUUCCUGAAGCCUCCUGAAAGGAUUUUCCACAAGAUUUACAUUCAAAGGCAUGACAACGUUAGCAUUUUGUUUGCAGACAUUGUGGGGUUCACUAGUUUGGCAUCACAGUGUACUGCCCAAGAGCUAGUGAAGCUGCUGAAUGAGCUCUUUGGCAAAUUUGAUGAAUUAGCUACAGAAAACCACUGCAGAAGAAUAAAAAUCCUAGGGGACUGUUACUACUGUGUAUCAGGAUUGACCCAGCCCAAAACAGAUCAUGCCCAUUGCUGUGUUGAAAUGGGACUGGAUAUGAUUGACACCAUCACAUCUGUUGCAGAAGCCACAGAGGUUGAUCUCAACAUGAGAGUUGGAUUGCAUACAGGCAGGGUGCUUUGUGGGGUCCUGGGUCUCCGAAAAUGGCAAUAUGAUGUCUGGUCAAAUGAUGUGACUUUAGCUAAUGUAAUGGAAGCUGGAGGACUGCCUGGGAAAGUUCACAUUACAAAGACCACCUUAGAGUGCCUAAAUGGGGACUACGAGGUAGAACCAGGAUAUGGUCAUGAAAGAAAUAGUUUCUUGAAGAAGCAUAAUAUUGAAACGUAUUUUAUUGUGCCAUCUCAUCGUAGGAAGAUAUUUCCUGGACUGAUUCUCUCAGACAUUAAGCCUGCCAAAAGAAUGAAGUUCAAGACAGUCUGCUACCUGCUUGUUCAGCUCAUGCACUGUCGUAAGAUGUUCAAAGCAGAGAUCCCUUUCUCCAAUGUCAUGACGUGUGAGGAUGAUGAUAAGAGGAGAGCAUUAAGGACAGCCUCUGAAAAACUCAGGAAUCGUUCCUCUUUUUCUACCAAUGUUGUAUACAACACUCCAGGAACUCGAGUAAACAGAUACAUCAGCCGUUUGAUAGAGGCCCGGCAAACUGAGUCUGAGAUGGCUGACUUGAACUUCAUUACCCUGAAGUAUAAGCAAAUUGAGCGUGAAAAUAAAUAUCACCAGCUUCAGGAUGAGUACUUCACCAGUGCUGUAGUUCUCUCGCUAAUUCUAGCUGCCUUAUUUGGCCUUGUCUACCUUCUAAUAAUACCACAGAGUACCGUAGUUCUUGUUCUCCUGGUGUUCUGCAUAUGCUUCCUAGUGGCUUGUAUUAUGUACCUACAUGUCACACGAGUACAAUGUUUUCCAGGGUGCCUGACAAUACAAAUUCGUACCAUUUUGUGUAUUUUUAUUGUGAUCUUAAUAUACUCCGUCGCUCAAGGAUGUGUGGUUGGCUGUAUGCCUUGGGUUUGGAAUACCAAUUCCAGCAGUUCAAUAGUGAUCAUUUCUCCUGGUGGAACAAAUAAAACAAUGAAUGAACUUCCAUGUGACACAGCCCACUACGCUUUUCUUUCCUGUGUAGUGGGGACUCUCACCCUGGCAAUAUUUCUACGUGUAUCUUCCUUGCCAAAAAUGAUUCUCCUGCUUUUUGUUACAAUUUUGUACAUAGUUAUUCUGGAACUCAGUGGUUACAGAAAAGCAGUGGGGGGUGGCUCCUUUUAUAUGCGUGGCUAUGAACCAAUACUAGCCAUUUUGCUAUUUUCUUGUGCUUUGGCACUGCAUUCCAGACAGGUGGACUUGAAGCUGCGUCUGGACUACCUCUGGGCUGUGCAGGCAGAAGAAGAGAGAGAUGAUAUGGAGAGAGUCAAGCUGGAUAAUAAAAGAAUUCUCUUCAACCUGUUGCCAGCACAUGUUGCACAGCACUUUCUUAUGUCUAAUCCAAGAAAUAUGGACCUUUAUUACCAGUCAUAUUCACAAGUGGGAGUGAUGUUUGCUUCCAUCCCAAAUUUCAAUGAUUUCUACAUCGAAUUGGACGGCAAUAAUAUGGGAGUGGAAUGUUUACGCCUGUUAAAUGAAAUUAUUGCUGAUUUUGAUGAGCUUAUGGACAAAGAAUAUUAUAAGGACAUAGAAAAGAUCAAGACAAUUGGAAGUACAUAUAUGGCAGCUGUGGGACUUGUACCUACUUCGGGAACUAAGGCUAAAAAAUCAAUUUAUUCCCAUCUGAGUACACUGGCAGAUUUUGCAAUAGAGAUGUUUGACGUUCUUGAUGAAAUCAACUAUCAGUCUUACAACGACUUUGUCCUACGAGUUGGUAUUAACGUCGGGCCGGUAGUGGCUGGAGUCAUUGGAGCCAGAAGACCACAGUAUGAUAUCUGGGGGAACACUGUAAAUGUUGCCAGCCGAAUGGAUAGUACUGGAGUGCAGGGGAAAAUUCAGGUGACAGAAGAAGUUCAGCGGAUAUUAAAAAGGUGCAGUUAUGAAUUCGUGUGCAGGGGUAAAGUCAGUGUAAAGGGAAAAGGUGAAAUGUUGACCUAUUUCCUGGAAGGAAAGGCCGAUGGAAAUAAUUCACAAACACGGUCUUUAAACUUAGAGCGGAAAAUGUACCCUUACGGGAGAGCAAACAUUCAAACAAAACUGGGCACCAGCUGUCCAUCAGUGUCCUCAGUUGCUAGCUUUACUGUAAAAGCUGGGCUUGGAGCAGGUCAAGCGUCUGCCACUCACACAAAUCAAACACUGCAUUAUCUUCCUUCUGUGCCAGCUGUGAAGGAGGCGUAGAGCAAAGGAGAUUUGGUUGUGCCAUUUGCGGUGAACUUGGAGAGCAAUGGUUGCCUGAAUUUUUACCAAGAGAUCAGAGGUCAUAGGCCAUGGCAUUAACCAAGGACCACUACAACCCAACCAAAGAGAACUUGGGGACUGUGUAAUGAACUCUUGGGAUGGAACAUAUAAGGGCUAGCAAUUCUGUUAGGAAAAGUCAAAACCUGAUUUUCUGGAAAUGAGGAAUAUUUUCUUGGCAUUUUUAAAGGGUAAAUGAAAAAAAAUUAGAUAAACGUGCAAGCAAUUAUGUAUGUGUGUGUGUGUAUAUAUAUGUUUUAAUCUAUAUAUGCACAUAUACAAAGUCCUGUGUAGACUUAAUAGAGAUUUAUAGAGAUAAACAUAAAAAUAUGUAUUUAUUUACACAUCCACCUGCAAAGAGAUUUCUCUUUCUGUCAUAGCCAGCAUUGUUGGGACUGGGAUUAGCAAAACUGCAUUUAGCUGUGGAGUGGGGUGCAGCUGGAGACUCUCCAGGGCUACAGCAAGCGUUAGAGAAACUGUGCUCCCAGUGCAUGGGUUAAAGCAAUGACAACAGUGUUCAUUCUGCUGUCAAUGGCAGAUAGAUGAAGGCUGGAUUCAGCUAAUUGCUAAACCCUAUGUAUUUUUUAAAAUUGUCUUUGCAUGCUCCAAAAACUUCAAAAAAAUUCCAAUUCAAACCAUAACACUAGCAUAUGAAGUAGAUAAACCACAGAGCUUAAAGGUUUGGCAGAAGAACAAUAUAUAUUCUUUCCAUAAAAAAAAAAAAAACAAACAGGGGUGGUAGAGUUUAGAAGCUGCUGCCUCUUCACAGGUCAUUUGACUGUGGAAGACAGAGGAGCCACCCUGCAAGCACAGCAAUAUGCUUAUGCAAUAUAGAAACAUUCCUUUAUGUACAGUGCUGAUUUUAUUGAAGAGCAGAAAGAUGGUAUUAUUUCAGGCUUUUACAAACAGCACAGGUCCUGUGGCUCAGUUCCAGGAUUUAGCUUUACCUUUCUAAACAGCUCAAAGAAUAGUCCUGUACUGGUGACAAACAUGCUGUUGCUAGCUUCGUGACAUUUGUAUGUUUGCCAACACAGUCUUACAUCUUAAUUGAUUUUUUAAAUUUAUGCCACAGUUUUAUUAUAUCUUGAUUCUACCCAGGCUCACUCUUCAAAGCUGUACAAUUAUAGAAAGCUAUAAUUCUGAGAAAUAAGCACAGUCAAACUUUGCCCAAAUGAGGAGCACACUGGUAAACGUGCCAGGAGAGUGAGGCCUGCUCUUAAUCUGCAUAAAAGGGAACAUAUUUUGACUGCUUUUUCCUUUAAUGCAGCCCACAUCCUAUUGUUCAUGGUUUCAUCUUGAAACGCUGAUCUGGGUGUGAAACGUGGAAUGCAGCUCCGUACUCGAGGUGCGGGCAGUUGGAGGUCAUCCUGCUGAGUGACGUGUGCUCCAUGGGCAGGUACCCUACUGCCCAGAUGGGGAUGCACAAGCUAACCAGCCUCACUGCUUUCCAAAAGAGAAGCAAAACUUUAUGUUGUCUAAAAACACGCAAAACUUCCUUUUAACUAACAAAAAAAAUAAAAAAACCCCGACCAAACAAACCAAAGAAACCAAACCCGGAAAACCCACCCAAGACUGCAAACGUUGUCCAGAUUGUGCAGUAGAAAACUUGCAUGUACUAGAUGUCACAUUUCCCCUUGGUAGGCCUAUUUUAUUACUGAUUUUAGUGAAAAGAAAAUUCUGAGCAAUUCUCUUACAAUCUGCAUUUGCUUUGGAGCAGUCACUGUUUGUGUUAAAAGUGUAUGGACAAAUACUGUGUCAACAGAUGCAAAUGGUUAAAGAAAUGCUGCAGGAUUUUCCAUUCUCCGUGUAGGCGUAUCAGGCUGCUGUGGGACUCCAGUGGUUUUCAGCAGGAUUUUUAAUUAAUUUUUAUGUACCCUGUCAGCUAGGUGCUUCAGUACAAAGCUAGCAAAAUUAGUGUUGUGAUUAAAGUGACUAUAAAAAAAAUGAGAAUUGCUUCCUACUGUACUAGGUGUAUGCACCCUGGCUGAUCUGUAGAAAGUCACUGGAGUUCUUUACCUCCCUAACAGCUAUCCAGUUCACAGGUAUUCUUCUAGAAUAAUUUAAUUCUGGUUUUGAGGCAUUCAAAGCCAUUUAAAUAAAUACAUGUAGAGAAUACAGAUUUAAAAAGAACAACUAUUUACAUAAUUAAACUGAAUAAGUGGUAUCCAUGUAAAGUACACUGCAUAUUUAUGUUUCCUAAUAGGUUUGUAAGAACUAAAUCAUCACAUAGGUAAGUUAAAUAUUUAACCAAAAUGGAAAGCAUUAUGUGCAAUAGCAUUAAUCACUUAGUUCCACUCACAAAGAGCCCAAGUUACACAAUUUUUUAAUCAGUGAAUUUGGUAUAAUUUCACUGAUAAUAAUGAAACAUUAUUUGUACAUGUACUGUUAUUAAAAGCAUCUUCAGAUCCUCGCAGUAGAUCUGGUAGUAUGUGAACGCAUAGACCAAAUAUGCCAUUGGCCUACCCCAAAAGCUUACAGUGAAAUUAUUUCUUUGUUACUUUUUUAAUAGGUACAAGAUAUAGGCAUAUUGCCAUUGUUUCUUUUAUCACUGAAUGGACAGUGAGCAGAAACAAAUUGUCCCCUGUGCUAAUAUUUUCUGGACUGUUCUCAUUCCCAGACUCAUUCCCAGCCUAGUCCUGAAGUAAAGUCAAUGGAAGAUCAUGUAGCAAGGUAAAUUUGGAUUAUUCAUUUUAUUAUUUUAAAAGAUUAGCAGGUGCUAGUAGAAUUACUUGUCUCCAACAGUCAAAUGUGGUACGUGACUUCGUAAUAAUGUUUUCCAUGUUGAAUGGAAAGGACGAGACAGGCGCAGCCCAUCAUCAGCUUCUCAUUCGGCCCUUUUGCAGGAGGUCUGUGCCUCCGGAGCAGGUUGGGUGGACCAGGAUGGCUUCUUGGUGCUGCAGCCGGUCCAGUGUGCAUGUGCUAGCUUACAGCAUCAGUGAUGGUGUAUUUGGAGUCAGUUUCCAGACUUUGAGUCUUACCGUUAACAUUUUUCAUAUUUUUGUUGUGGUGGUUGUUGCUGGUUUUACUAUGGGGAAAACUUUAUUUCACUAUGUAGUCCUGGACUGAGCAGUAGAGAAUCAUGAAGAACGUUCAGCGAAGGCACAAAUUAGUAAAAAGCCAUGUGAAAAUGAUAGGCAGUCUUCAGCAGCCAUUCCAACAGGGAAAACUAAGUGCCCGUUGAAAUCAUGAUAUAAUGAAGCUGUGCUCUUGCCUUUAUGCUUUCCCUCCCUAUUCAUAUAAUUUCCCCCCAUUUUCUUUUCCUGCGUACAUUUGGUUUAUUUCAGUUCUCGUGUGAUAGCUUUAAAUGACAGAUUUAAUCUCUGCUCUUCUGCGUUCUUUGAUAUGUUCAGUAAGUUUUAUACAUAGAAAGAGGUAGUAGUAAUAUUUCCGAUAACCCCACAAAUACACAUUUUCUGCCAAAUUAGAGAAGCUUGUCAUCAAAUUUUUAUUGGCAAUUGGCUGAAGAUAAUAUGUGGCCCAUUCCAAUAUCCCUGAAAAUCAUCAGAAGGAUUUCCUUGGAUUUCGGUGGGAUUUGGGUUGUGUCCACCUUAAUGCAUGCAGUUGUAUUUCCUAUCUUGCAUUUAUUAAUUUUCUGGUCAAACCCCGUAACUUUUGCCUGGGUGACCUUGCUGUAGCCCCAACAAGGAGUAAUUCUGCCCCACAGCACGCAAAAGUCCCUCACAUUUAACUGAGGAUAGUAGCUUGUUGCGCUGUGAGCAGAAUAGCCUCCUGCACUUCUGUUCACUAUUUUGUGCAGCUGUUAGCUUGAAACAAUUAACCGAUAUGAGCCCUACAACAAAGGGAUGCCAUUUUGGCAUGUCGAUGUCUGUCAAUAGCAAGCACAAUAUUUCACAUCAGUUUGCACGUUCUCUCUUUCAGAUAGUAGUAAUAAUCUAUGUCUUUUGUUCUUUAUAUAAGGAGAUAAGUAUCAGAGAUCUUCAGACUUCACUGUCUUGGGAGCUAAUUUCAAAGUGUUCCUAUGCUACCUUUAAAUGAUUUUUUAAUUAUUAUUCUCUGCUGAGAUUACAAACUGGCAUUCAGUUGAAUUACUGGCUAGAUAUUUCCUAACAUUUUCCAUUUGCAUUGACUAGAAAGCUGUUUUAUCCAGCCUGUAAAAUACAUUGGUUUUAGUAGCUGCUUCACGCUGUGGCAAGUCGCACUCCCUCGUCUUCACUAAAACACACGCAAAUUCUCCCUUGCUUUCUCUAGGUGAGACUGAGAGUCAAAAGCUUCAGCUCAUUAGGGCUGAAUCUGCAUCCCUUAUGUACCCACAAGGCCUGCAGAAAUCACCAGAAGUUUAGCAUGUUUAUGAAGGUCAGGAGUUGAGCUUCUGUAGGCCAAGUUCUGCUUUGGGUUACAGCGAUGUCUCGCGUCGGUACUGAACUGAGUAUUUUACAACACUGUAACCGAGAGUAGGUCACGCACCUAAAUCUCUUUCACGCUUUUGCCUGUAAUUUAUCUGUAAGGCAGAAGAAAGUACUUGGGAGUCACUAUUCAAAGGGAGACAGUAUAUGACCUGUGCCAUUUCAGUGCUUUGAGGAGUCUGAACACCUUAGUAAGUAGCGUGAAUCAUUUUCAUGUGUUGAAUUCCUGCUUGUAGCAGCAGCAAAGUGUUUUCUUUACAUCAUCAAGUCCAGAUUCUGUAUAUGUUCUGCCCAGGCAGGAGGACUAUUUAGCCAUAAUGUUCUUUCAAGUUAGAGUUUUGUAUUACAGUGAAAACCAACAUUUUUUAAUUUGUGAUAAACGUGUAUUAUAAUGCCUUAUUUAUUUUUAAUCUUGUACAGUGUUACAAAACAACAGAAAACAUUGGCCUUUCAUGUAUUAUUCACUUUAAAAGAUGUAUUGUAUUAUGAAAUUUUGUAAAUAGUUUUAGCUCGAACAGGUAAUUGCAUGUACACUUGUAUAAAAAGAGGCAAAAAGGCACACUUUUAACAAAUGUUAACGAUUUUUGUAAGAGACAUUUUACAUGUGCAUGGAGAUUAUAAAUCCUUUGGAAAUGGAUGUCCUUUUGCUUUUCCUUGCAAUCUACUGCAUGCCACUCAUGCCUGACUUCAGUAAAACAAAACAAAACAGUAAGUUUUCCUAAAUGUUUUUGACAUAUCACUUCUGGCACAGAGUUAAAUCCACUAGUUGCAUGUGCGUUCAGCAAAGCAAAAUCAAAAUGCAAACAGCAAAUAAAGAAGAAAAAUAAUUUAAUGAUUGUGAUCUGCCAACCUCAGUGUUCCAAGAUCCAUAAUACGGUAUAUGAAAAGUGUUACCAACAUCUAUGCUGUCUUCAUAAGGUACCUUCUGGUCAUUAGAAGCAAUAAACUCUACUUACUGUAAUAUAAAAAGCAAGCAGAUAUUCUAGUUCAUAAUGGUGUGAUAUCUGGCAUUCAAUGGGUAUUCUCUGAUACUGCAGUUGAUGUAGUAUUGUCAUCAAGAAUGACCAAGUGUCAAAUCCAUCAUUGCUGUAUGCAGGUGCAACACUAUGGAAGGUAAAGGAGGUGAAUUUGGCCCAUCGACGUUACCCAGAGUAUAUUUCUAAUGUGGUAAUAAGUUAUUGUAUGUGAAAAGUACACAAUGCAAAUAGAUUGUUUUCCUAGAUACAUACAUAUAUCUAUAUAUAUGUAUGUGUAUAUAUAAAAAUUAAUUUUGUUGCCUUACUUUUGUUAGCUUUUUUGACUCAUUUUCCAAAUAAGUUCUAUUGCUAAGCAGAAAGUAUUUAACAAACAGAACUAUUAGGAGAAGGUUCACCGGGUUCUCUGGCUUUGAGCCAUCUGGGUUCUGCGCUGAUGCUAGUCCUGCCCCCACUAAAGCCAUGCUUACAGGGAUGCCUCUCUUAGGCGUCACAGCCUAACCCACAGCUUGAGGCCUGCGUCAGUUAGUGGCAUAGGAAUAAGAAAUUAAUAUCCAAUCCUCUAGCUGAUUUUUCCCAUAUUGCUGCUGAACAAAACUUUAAAUUCUGGAGGUAUUUUUCCAUGCAUAAUUUUUAAAGUUGUCAUGCCUGUGUCACUGCAGCUUGGGGCUACUUCUCGAAUUACUUAUAUAAUUGCUGUAUGAUAAAUGAGGAGUAUUGUAGGGGCAUAACACUGAGGUUGGUGGCAGAGGAAAAAGGGUGUGGACUGUGAAUAGUUUCUGCUAUGGAUUAAUAAGGACUUCUUGUAUUUUACAGAUUUGAGCUAGUAUUAUGAUAGGACUUAGAAAUCCAUUAACUUGUAUGUUUAAUCAGGUGACUGUGGGGUUGACUAAGCAGUACAGCUUCUGCAAGUACUUCUGUCAUCCAAAGUUAAGAUGUAGAUUCAUGCAACGUAUCCCAGUUGCCUGCAUACCGGAGCCACUACCUUGUACUGAUGAUUGGCUUCAUACAGCAGUUAAGGGUUUCUAACAGUCAUAAACUAACUCCUCUCAAAUUCAGUGGGUUUUACAUCUCAGUGUGGCAUAAUUGUUGUGACUAAUGACAGUCUGGACUCUGCUUCUCUACCCCACCCUGUUUAUGAUUGGCUUUUUCCAGAACUCUAUAUAGGCUUUUUUUAGCUCUUUGUUCCUUUUAAUCCCAUCCUCACUGAGUUUUCAGGCCAAAUCUAAAUCAUGAAUAAAUAUGUAAAUGUAAAUAAAUGGAUAAAAGUACAUAUAAGCAGGAGGGUGCCUGUUGCUCUUUAAUUACUCUUCAAAAUGUCACACUGCUUGGGUGGCCUGGUGUGACUUAUGAUCUGAUCGGUGCAAGAACAAAAACAGGAAAAGAAGAGAAAAAAAAGCACAAAGUUAGCAGGAGUACAAAAUAACAAAAAGAAAAGAAGCCUGUGAGAUAGCAAUUGCUGAGAGGAAAAGGUAAAAAGCCAGUUCUCCUUCUGAAGUCAAUGGUAAAGCUCUCAGUGACAUGGGACAGGUCUUGAGUAUCUGAGCUGACAGAGUACUCAACCAGAUUCCUAGUGCAACAAAAAUAAGGCUUGUGUUUAACUGCACGGCGAUCCAUUUCUGAGUUUUCAUGUCUGUUCACAUUCACAAGAGUGUUCCAGAUCUCUUGGUGAACGGCUGUCAGAAUGUCAGAAGGAAUUAUCAGGAAUGCUUGGGGGUUGUCACCUUUAAUGCCUAUUUUCUGAUCAUGAGGAAGCACCUUGAAAUUUGAAUUAGCAUUGGUUAAUGUACAUAGCCUAUGUGCUGAAAGGACUUGGUUUUGCUUGUGCCUUACUGCAUGCUGGAGGAUCUGCUUCUUUAUAUUAGGAUCCCCGUUUUAUGCCUUCUGUGGCAUCAGACAUGUCACGCCUGCAUAAAACUGAAGGAACAAACAGUGCUGCAUCACUGUGAAGCAUUUUUACUACUUCCUUUCCUACUUUGGUUUACUACCAGCACAGUUUUGUGGGUGCAAGGAGUGCUCCAAGUGUUUAGGGAGGGAGGCCAUGCACAGGUAUAUGUUGGUCCAAGCUAAAUAACAGAUUUCCUAGAAAGCUCAGCACACACAGUGAGCUGAGUUCUGCAGACAAUCUGUCCAGAUGGUUUGGAGCUCCUUUGAAAAAGCUGGCUGCCCUCCUCUUCAGAACAGGCUUCCACAACACGUUGAUUAAAAACAUCCAGACAGCUUACCUACAGCUUGUAACUGCACUGCCACGUUUGCUAGACAUAGGUCAGCCUGCUGGUGGUGAAACAGCUAACAGUUCUCGUUGUGGGCAAGGCUAAGGUGUGCUUUAAUUACUGCGGUUGUGCACACUAUCGUGUCUUACUUUCAAGUGCCUGACCUGCUGCUUUGAUCCUAGACCUGUCAGUGGUGGCAUCAGUUAUGAAAAAUUUGAGCUGGCACGUUGAAGUUCUUUAGGUGAUUUCUUAUGUCUUUUACUCUUUAGUGCGCAUGGGUGCAAAGGUUGUCUGUUCUUACAUUUCAAAUGCCAUUCAAGGGAUAUAUCAAGAAUUUUCAAUGAAAUGCAGAUGCAAAUUAAUUACCUGUGCCAUCACGUAAUUGCUUCAUGAUAAUUACAUUUUUAAAUUGUUACAGUAGAAAUCCUUCUUCACUUAGAAUUCCUGCUUUUUUUACAGUAAUGUUACGAGGGUUCAAUUAAGAAAAAAAGAAGUGAAGUGAUUGUGUAACUUGCUCCCAUUUGCAAGUACAAUUGUCUGCACAAAUUUGGACUUAGACAAAGCAAAUGGUGAGUUUCUUUUCUGCAUUCAAGCAGCUAGUUAUUACACUGAGGUAGCUUUGGAAAAUGUUACAGAAUACAGUAAGAAUGAAAGUAAUGCUUUCAGAGUUACUGGUGUAAAAACCAGAGUCCAAGAGCAGUUACUGUUUAAUCUAAUAAUUACUUUUAAUUUAGCCCAAUAUAGAGAAUUCUAGAGAAGUGAUAUUAUUUUCAGUGAAAUUCUGACAGAGAUCAAAAACACUUCUUGGAGGUUCUUUUUCGUAAUAUACUUGUGUGUAGAUUUGUCUGUGUGCGUAUCGUCGGUUUGUACAUGGAAUGUGGGUAAUGGUGCAAAACUAGUAAUACACACAUUUCACAGUUUCAAGCAGAUUCAGCCCAAUUUGACCCAUCUCUUAAAACCCCUGCCACUAAAACUUGUGCUGCAACUCACAUCUAUCUGGAUUUUAUCCUGCUGAUUAGUCCUUGUACUCUUUGCUGUCAGGAGGUUACUUUUUGCCUUUCUGGUAUAUAUCCAUAGGUUCUGCUUGGAAAUGAGAUGUUAAGUAUUUUUCUGAUCUGUUAAUUGAAAAGAUUUGAAAGUGUAUUUGAUUCCCUCUUUUUGUAAUGAAAUGUUCAGCAGCCUCAGGUAGGAAGCAAAAAACCACAUGAAGCAUGUGUUCUACAGUCAAAAUUGGUCUGCCUACACACAAUGGCACGGUGUCCAUUGUAGGCUUACCCAUAAUUUUAAGCAUCCUAGAAUUACUUAAAUGUAAUAAGCACCAUAGCACUAGGAGGAAAAGGAGCUAGGCAGGCCUGCCUGCCUCUAAACACCACAUAAUUGUUCUUUGGACAUAAAAAUGUGACCUGCAGCUCAUAAAACACUGCUGCUUAAGAAAUCGGUGCCCCUGCUGCCCUUAACUCGCCUUCAGUCGCUCAGUGCCAUCACGUUUUUGUCGCAGGCAGUUACUGUCCACGCAGGCCUGCGUACCGUCUCCCUCUGUAGAUCCUUCAUCACAUGGCUGGCAAACGUCUUCUUUUUCAAAGAGAAAAUACGUUUUCAAAAAGCAGAUUUUUCAUGUAAUAGGUGUUUAGGGGAAGAGAAACAGCUUUGACGUAGUCUGGUUAGGAAGCAGUACGUGCGACAGCAGACCUGGAAGGGCGCAUAAGCGUGCCCCGUGGUGGGAGCGCAGGGGCCAGCAGCGGGCAGCA